CUGAUCAGCUGAUGAAUCACAUGCUUCUUGGCCAGAGGAAAGUGUCAUGGCGUUUGGAGACGAAUUUGUGCGUUUAAAGUAUCCAUGGGUUUUGUUUUUGGUAUUGGUGGUGUUCCUGCGAAGUGGCGAUUGUUAUAGUCAUAAGGUAUUUGAAUAUGACGAUGUCAAAAACACAGCCAAUGUCACAAUGGCGGACAAAAUCUUCCCACCGUAUAACCUGGCAGACUUCACUUGGGAAGAUGUUAAUGCCACUCUUAACCACACAACGCUGACAGCAGAGUUCAAUGGCCAUAAUGUCUCUGCAGCAGGACUUUUCAAGAAUGGAUCCAUUUCUUUUAAGGUAUCUGCGUUUGAAACAACAGGCCGGGAUGCUGUGCUUCCCCGUUUGCUUCACAAUGCAAACAGCUCCAAGAUGGAAUUUGUUGUUGACAGGGUGGUACCUCGGGGCAACUACUCCCGUUUUAUGUUGGAGAUGGUCAUUGUGGAAAAGAAAGCCAACCACAGAGUGAUGAAAUCAAUCCAUUCCAUAGAUGAUGAAUAUACCCCUUCAAUCUUUGAGAUGACUGAACUAGUAGCAGUUCCUCAGAACAGCAGUGCAAUCCACAGCUUUGUCCAGUGGAAGGUAGUGGCAUACCAAUCCAGUAAAUACCAGCAUGAUGACUCCAUUCCCUGUGCUGACCAUGAGCUGCAGGUCAUAAACCAGACAUUUCCUUCAAAUAGUAUUGCAGGUGCUUAUUUUUCAGAGACCCUGGACAACUGUAACAUUGCUUCCAUCAAUAUUUCAUUUGGCAUUGCUGAAGGAGAUUACUACAAAGAUCACAACUUUCUCAGCUGGUCCAUUAUGAUUGGUUGCGGUAACCCUUUAGAAGAUACCUUUUCAAUUUUGGUCAUCUGUAUAAUGGCAGUUGGCUUGGGCACACCAGUUCUGCUUUUGAUUUUAGGAUGCGUUGUUGUCAAAUAUUCAGACUAUGGACCAAUCAACUAA